AUGCGCUUCCCGCUCUUCUUCCUCCUGCAGCUGGCUGCGUCCAGCGUAGCCUUAACCAAGCCCGACUAUGACAAUCACGAUUAUUAUGCCGUCCACCUGUCGCCAGGUGUCUCACCGGAGGCCGUAGCAACUCACCUCGGGUUCGAUUUCGACAGUGCUAUCCACUCGCUCAAGGAUCAUUACGUCUUCAAAGCACCAAAGGCCUCGCAGGAUGUCAUACAUGAAGCCAAGCAGGACUUGAAGCGUCUAAGGAGAAAGAGACAGGCUGGAUGGGAUCGCCGCCAUGUUUUAGAUGAUGUCCUACUCAACAGAAAGCAGGAGCGUCGCUUGCGCUUAUUCAAGCGUGUACCUCCGCCGCAGUCUGCCGACUUCGACACCCGUGCCGACAAGCAGCUUGCCGACUCUCAAGUACAGAAAGGAUUGGAUAUCGCAAAGAGCUUGAAUAUUGAGGACCCUAUAUUUAUGGACCAAUGGCAUUUAUACAACCCUAUUCAACUCGGACACGACAUCAAUGUCACAGGAGUUUGGCUUCAAGGUAUCACUGGAAAGAAUUCCACCGUAUGCAUCGUCGAUGAUGGUUUAGACAUGGAUAGCGACGAUCUACGCGACAAUUACUUUGCUGCUGGUUCUCAUGACUUCAACGACCAUGUUGAUGAACCAAAACCACGGCUUUCUGAUGACCAUCACGGCACUCGUUGUGCUGGUGAAGUUGCUGCUGUGAGGAACGACGUCUGUGGUGUAGGUGUGGCCUAUGACUCCAAGGUCGCCGGUGUCCGUAUUCUUUCUGGCGCUCUCACCGAACUGGACGAAGCUCUCGCUCUGAACUACGCUUAUCAGGAGAACCAAAUUUAUUCGUGUUCAUGGGGUCCUCCAGAUGAUGGUCAGAGUAUGGAGGCGCCCGGCAUCAUAAUCAAAAGAGCUAUGGUUGCUGGCGUGCAGGAUGGCCGCCAGGGUCGUGGUAGCAUCUUCGUCUUUGCCAUUGGCAAUGGUGCCGCCAAUGACGAUAAUUGCAAUUUCGACGGCUAUACCAACAGCAUCUACAGUGUGUCUGUCGGUGGUAUUGACCGCAAGGGCUUGCAUCCGUACUACAGCGAGAAAUGCUCGGCUCAAUUGGUAGUGACUUACAGUUCAGGCUCUGGUGAUGCCAUUCAUACUACUGAUGUUGGAGCAAAUCAGUGCUACGUCAGCCAUGGUGGCACAUCAGCCGCUGGUCCGUUGGUCGCAGGCAUAUAUGCCUUGGUGCUUGAGGUCAGACCUGAUCUCACCUGGCGCGACAUCCAAUGGCUUACCGUCCUCACUGCUAUCCCAAUCGAUCAGCCAGAGGACGACUGGCAGGACACUCCUCUUGGACGCCGAUUCAGCCAUGCUUCUGGCUACGGCAAAAUAGAUGCCUACGCCAUUGUGGAAGCCGCUAGAAAUUGGACCAACGUCAAGCCUCAGGCAUGGUUCUUCUCACCAUGGAUGCAUGUCAGACACGAAAUUCCUGAGGGCGAGAAAGGAAUCGCUUCUAGCUUUGAGGUUACUGAACAAAUGCUCAAAGACGCCAACCUGGAACGUAUCGAGCAUGUCACAGUGACCAUGAACGUCGAACAUACCCGCCGUGGUGACCUCAGCGUCGAGCUACGUUCGCCAUCGGGUAUCGUCUCAUACAUUGCAACUAAUCGUCGCAGAGACGAAGCAAAUUCUGGCUACAAUGACUGGACCUUCAUGUCGGUUGCUCACUGGGGUGAGAGCGGAGUAGGAAAAUGGACCGUGAUAGUCAAGGACUCGAAUAAGAAUGGUCAUACUGGUAAAUUUGUCGAUUGGCAUUUGAAGCUUUUUGGCGAGUCUAUCGAUGGUGCCAAACAGGAGCUAUUACCAUUGCCUGAUGAGCAUGAUGACGAUAACCAUGACAUUGAGACUACCAGCAUCGGCGGAGCCACAACGAGCGUUGACCACCCUGUCGUCACAGGUGAGCCUCAAGGAAAUCCCACGGAUCACAUCGAUAGACCUGUCAACAGCAAAGUAUCCACGACUGCUGCUCCUGCAGCAGAACCAACAUCAGCGACGAGCUCCAACUUCCUCCCAUCGCCUUUCCCCACCUUCGGCGCUUCCAAGCGCACUCAGGUCUGGAUAUAUGGCGCAUUAGCGCUCAUUGCAGUCUUCUGCACGUCUCUUACCGUCUGGUAUGUCCUCACCAAGCGCCGAAGACAGCGCAAUGCGCGUGACGAGUAUGAGUUUGAGAUGCUUAACGAAGAAGACAUCGAUGACGAAGGAACCAGAGGAGCUGGUGGUGCCAACGGCAUGAGUGCAAAGGCCAAGGGCAAGCGAAGGGCAGGUGAAUUGUACGAUGCAUUCGCAGAGGAUAGCGAUGAAGAGGACGUGUUCAGUGUUGGAGAUGAUGAAGAGCACGGUCACGAACACGAGCAAAGCUACCGGGACGAUGCAGGCCAUGGGCCAGGGAGCCCCAGCCAAGGGCAUAGCUGA